UUGUAAUGUACACUCAAGAAUCAGUCCAGUCUUCUGACACUCUUUUCUCAGACCUCUUUAUAAAGAGUGGCUAUAGGGGGACCCCAGAACCAAAACUGUUUAAAUUCCCACUGUUGACGUAACGCUGUGAAGUAAACAAAGGGACGUCGGAAAUGGAUAUUAAGUCGCCAAUUAUGAUGCGCUUUUUGCGUUGUCACAUCUGCUCCAAAAGUUUAGCAGACCCCGUGUCUCUCAAUUGCAAUCACAGCUUCUGCAAGAGCUGCCUUAUUCAGUACUUGAAUCAAGCCGAGUGCCGAGACUGUCCGGUGUGCAAGAAAGAACUUCCCAAAGAAACUCCAGGAAUCAACAUCGCUCUCAAGGAACUUGUAGAUGCCUUUGCAGGAAGAACACAACUUGAUAAAAUAAGAAAUCAAGAUGUCGUGUGCCGGAAACAUACCCCAUCCUGGUUCUGUGUGGACGAGGGAAUUGCAGUAUGUGAGGAGUGUCAACAUUCCCUUUGGCACGCUGGACACAAGCUGAAACGUGUGAAAGAGGCGGCGGAGAGUAUGAAGGAGACUUUACGCUCUAAGCUGCAGCGGAUGGAGCAACAGCUUGAUCUGUGUAUCUAUGCAGAUGAAGUUUACAAAGACAUAGUGAAGCAUAUGGCGAAACAGAGGGCUACCACUGAGAGAAGGAUACAAGAGGAGUUUGAGCAGCUUCAUCAGUGGCUGAGAGAGGAAGAGGAGGCCAGACUCACAGCAGUCAGGGAGGAAGAGGAGCAGAAGAGGAAGCUGAUUGAUCGAGAGCUGGACAUCAUUCAGGGCCAGAUGUUGGCUCUAGAGAAUUCCAUACAUCAAAUUGAAAAAGACUUAAAACAGGACAAUCUGUCAUUUCUGAGGGAUUCUAAACACAAAACAAACAGAGCCCAGUGCAUACUGCAGGACCCACAAGUGCUCUCAGGCGCUUUGAUAGAUGUAGCCAAACACCUGGGUAACCUCAAGUACAGAGUCUGUGGAGAACUGCAGGAGAGAGUGCAAUACACUCCCCUCAUUUUGGACCCCAACUCUGCAGCUGGCUGGUUGGUUCUGUCUGAUGACUUGGCAAGUGUGAGGUAUAUUAAAGCCAAGAAGGAUUUGCCUGACAACCCGGAGCGCUUCAUGGAACAUGCCAUCGUCCUGGGUUCCGAGGGCUUUACCUCAGGCAAGCACAGCUGGGAGGUGGACGUUGGGGACAGGUUCAAGUGGGUCAUCGGCGUUGCCCGGGAGACAGUCGACAGGAAGAAAGACUGUUACCUGAAGCCCCAGUAUGGACUCUGGUCCAUUUGGAAGUAUCAUGACGAAUACCAUGCAACCCGUCAGACGCUCACGCUGCAGAAUCCCCCACAGAGGAUUACCGUGGAGCUAGACUACGAGAAGGGCCACGUGUCGUUUUACGACUCCCGCAACAUGUCCCUCCUAUUCCAAUAUGAGGACAGUUUCAAAGAGAAGAUGUUUCCGUAUUUCAACCCUCAGGCAGACACGAGUGGCACACCCCUACAGAUAUGCCCAAGCAAAGGGAGCCAAGCAGGAACCAAUGAUAUUUAUUAGUAGUAGUAUACUAGAUAGAUAUUUAUUAGUAGUAGUAGUAUUACUAUAUGAGUACAGGUUUAUAGGUCAGCAUGCCUGGGUGGUCAACAUUUCCUUGGGGGGUUGCGUUACAGCAAGUUUGCCGCUUGUUGAGAGCAGAGCAGGAAAACGAAGUGCACCAUUGUAAGCAAUUGGUCAAAUUAGGUAUGGCACUGCUUAUCUAGCAUGCUAGCCAAUUUGCUACCCAAGGUUGCAUUGUAUCUUCAAUGUUUUUCCUCAUUUUUGUAAGUUGCUUUGGAUAAAAGCAUAUGCUAAAUGAAUACAUGUAAAUGUACCAUUUAGCCUGUAUGUUAUUAUUGAUAUAUCAGUCAGUCAUGCACAUAACAUGAACUGUUCCAAACAAUGGCAAGACACAUGAACACAGUGGGCAUGGCACAGACAGGCUGAUGCUAAAAUAAGAUGUAUUGGACUGAAAAAGUGUA